UUGCCGUAUGGACGCAUGGCGAGCUGGGCUGUCAGUGGUGGAGACGGCUGUAGACGGAUGUACGUACGGACUCGGCAAUGUCAUCCUCGUCGGACUGGCGGAACUUCUUGGAGCCCUUGUUCUGCUUCUUGGCCGUCUGGUUGUUGCGCGGCACGGGCGAGUUCUUGAAGGGAAUGCUGCCCCGCUGCUGGCCGAAGAAGUUGACGGUGGCGGAGGCGGACUGGCUCUGGGCCGGCGACUGGGGCGCGGCGGGCGCAGAGGCUUUGGAAGACGCGGCGGCCGAGGGGGGGUUCGACGACAUGAUGCCACCCGCGCGAGGGGCUCUCGAUGACGACGGUCCGGCGCAGAGCUCGCUUCACACGGCGACGCUCUUCACACGGCAGACGCUCUCUUUACACGACGACAAAGGAAAGAGCGCACAGCAAGGCUAAGAUAUACAGUGUGAGGUUGCGGGCACGGUUGUGGGUUGUGGGCUGGGUCCCCCCGAGGGAUGGACUGGGAGAGUCACAGAGGUGGCGAUCGGGUGGAUAGACCAGGGCAUCAUCGCGGCUGGACCAGCGUCACGUGUUCGGCCGUGUCUGGGCUGCGUGCGGACCUGCGCGCGAGAGCC